UAACUGCAUGGACUAACUUGUCAUUGAGUAUACUGAAUACUUAUUUUUCACAUACGUGCAGUACGUGUAAGGACUAUGAAUAAGAAGCCGAAGUUGAUCAACAUUUUGUCGGAGAGAUUGAGGCCUAGUCUAGUUGAUGUUGAGAGGAAGUAUUUGGAGUCCUGUGAGUUAGGAGAUGAGGAUUUCGUCCGAAAUCUGUUAAAUUCUGGGAGGGUUUCUCCAGAUCUAGAGGACACUCAGGGAAGAACUGCCCUAGACCUCGCCAUAGCAAGUGGUCAUGUUUCCUUGGUAGAAUUUCUUGUAGGAAAAGUGGGACCUAAGGUUAUCCAUCAGGGAUUGCUUUGCGCGGUCGAAAAUGAUCGAGAAGAGAUCUGCCAAAUUUUGCUGGAAAAUUCAAUUUAUCAGUCUCCAUUGCAAUCAAAAGACAAUGCAAACGAGUAUUCCUCCAUCGAAGGAAUCACAAAUCCGAAUAGCGACAAAAUGUCGGAAAUAUUUGAAGAUGAUUUAUCAGCAAGGUCAAAACUUACCCAGGUUUCUGAAAUAUCGGUAAACAAAAUGCUAAAGGAGGCACUCAUUAAAGCAGCGAUCAGAAACAACUUUCAAAUCGUUCAAAUGAUCAUGAUGAAAGGUGCAUCCGUGGACAUUCCACAUGAUUAUUUUUGUUCUUGUCAUGAAUGUAUUGAGGAACAAAGAAGAGACUACAUGGUGUUCUGCAACAGACGACUGGACACUUUUCGCGCGCUUGCUAGUCCUGCGUACAUUUCUUUGACUGAGGAAGAUCCUGUAAUGGCGUCAUUCUACCUCAGUAAAAAGUUCAAGCAGCUUCAGGUCAUGGAAACAGAAUACAAGAGCACGUACGAAGAAUUGGAUGCACAAGUACAAGAGUUCACCCUCGACCUGUUAAACCAAUGUCGUACAUCCGGGGAAGUGCAGUCUCUUUUGGACUCACCAGAAACUGAAAAAUCGUCGAGCGAUAGUUUCCCUAUUCUACAGGUCGCUCUUCGAAUGGAACAGAAAAGGUUUGUUUCCCACCCGAAAUGCCAGGCUCAGGUAUCAGCUGUCUGGUUCAGCGGGCUUAAAGGUAUGCGCCAUUUGAAUCGAUUCGAAUUCCUGCUGUUGUCAAUACCUGUGGGGAUGCUGCUCUUGCCCAUUCUGUCUCUAGUUUUUAUCCUCGCGCCGUGGAGCAAGGUGACACUACUGCUGAACACCCCUUCUACACGCUUUCUCAGUUACACGUGUUCCUACAUCUCGUUCCUGUGUCUGAUAGUGUUGGGCAAAAUCCAGUUCAGUAACAUGUGGGUCUCCCUUGGCUGUGAGGAAACCAACCCUGUUAGUUACGUCUUCAUCGUCAUCAUAUUUAUGUGGAUCAUAGGCUGGAUUUGGGAAGAAAUGAAACAGUUGUUUGACCAAGGUGCUGCUGAUUACUUCCGGUCUGUCUGGAAUGUAAUCGACUUUUUAAUGCUGACGUUUCUCCUGACAUCAUUUACGUUGGAUGCCGUCAUCCCUUUACGAUUACGCAGUGCUUUAGCCUAUCACCAGCUGAAUUACAAUGUAUCCGCUGGAAAGGAAAUCACCAUUAACCAGCUCUUGUUCUGUUACGAGGUUGAGGAGGGAAAAAGUUAUUUCUCAGUUGAGCACCAAUGUCCCACAGCAACAGUUGGAGUUGAAUGGACACCUACCUGGGUUCCGGAUCCGGAGCUGAUUGCGGAUAUUAUGUUUUCUGCUGGGAUUAUUCUCAGCAUUGCUCGAAUCUCCUUCAUCAUGCCAGCCAAUGAAACCUUUGGAACGAUGCUAGUCUCCUUCAGAAGAACGUUUGGGGACCUUGUUAAAUUACUGGCGAUGUUCGUUCUCAUUUUAUUGAGUUUCUCCUGUGGACUUGCUGCUCUCUAUGCUGCGCAUGUUUGUCAGACGCCGCAUUUCCAGGGGUUUAGUGGUGUAUUUUUUGUUCUAAUAUGGUCUCUCUUGGGAUUUGGCGAAGGCAAUACCCCAGAAUUAAAUCAGAGUGCGCCCAUGAGCUCCAUCACGAACAACCCGUCACGGAUCGCAUUAACGGAAUGGUUUGGAAAAGCCAUUUACGGUGUUUAUGUUUUUGCUGCAAGUGUUGUUCUGAUGAAUUUACUCAUUGCUGUCAUGAGUAACACCUUCCAAGAGGUCCAGGACGAAAGAGAUAUAGAGUGGAAGUUUGCGCGCACAGAACUGUGGAUGACGUUUAUAGAGCCCGGAUGUCCAGUAGCCCCGCCCUUUAAUAUUAUUCCUACAGCCCAAACUAUAUGCAAGGCUUGGAGAAAAAUAUGGUCACUCUGUGUUUGUUGUAGGAAACGCAAACUUAAAAUUAACAAAAAAUCAAAGAAACUUGAUGAAGAAAUGACAAUCUCAUCUUCGUACACGAAUUCCAGACAGAGUGUCAUAUGUGCACUUAUUCAGAGAUACAUAGUCCACGCCUCUCGGGAGAAGAUGGAGGGCGAUGAAGAUGCUUCAGAAGACCGGAUACGACGGUUGAUAGAACUAACUGGUUCUCGCCUAGAAAAACGAUUGGAUGAAAUUACAGGUCACGUGCAACACGUCGAUGAUCACGUCUCUCAUGUUGACAAGGGUGAAAGGGAUAUUCAACAGUUGCAGAGAGAAGAAAUGAAAAGGACUGACUUGUUGCUAAAAGCACAGGAUGAAUACAAAGAAAUACUUCUGAAAAAGUGGGAAGAAUGGCAGAGGUUCCGAGAACAGCGUUUACAGGAAGUGAAAUCUAUGCGAGAGCAGAGAGAGCGCCUCCUACAACAGCGGAUGUUUGAGGAGGCGCGGAGAUUGGAGGAGGCAAUAUCUGACACACUUGAGGAGGCCAACUACAUUCCCCGAACGACUCUGAGAUAAUCCCUUUCUCUUAAAAUCAACAAAAUAACUUAUACAUUUUUGAACACUUUGAAUUGUUAUUACUACUUUUUUAUUUCAAAUCUUAAGGAAUAAUAACCAAAUGUAUUCUUACAGUAUUAAGCUAGAAAGAAUGACGUAAAACGUUCUAAUUAAUGUAUCCCAAGUGCCUUGUUUGAAAAUAUAGCACUCACUUGUUUUGAAUAUUUAACAGAAAAUCAAUAAAUUUCUCCAAAGCAACCUU